UCAUCGGUCAAUCCAAGUCUAUAACAAUUUGUUUGUAUUUUCAAAAAGAAGAAAAAGAAAAAGAAAAAGAAAAAGAAAAAGAAAAAAUCAAAAUUCAACUCACCAACACAGCAACACUAACACCACCAGUGAACCCUAUAACAAAACCCAGUUCGCAUUCAGAACAAAACCUCCCAAUCUACAUGACGACUUCUCUCCUUUCGAAAUCGUUUCUGAAACUAGCCAGUUGGAGGAGGAGGAGUUAUUCAGGCUUUGUUGUUGGCUGUCCAAUAACAAUUCCAAUCAUAAUAUUAAGGGGAAGACUAACACCCACCAGUACCAGUAGUAAUCUACUAAGGUUGUCCAUUACCAAAACUUGGAGCUACAGAACAAUAGCAACUAAUAAUAGCGAAGAUGGGAUGAAAUACUUGAUUUCGUCGGACGAGGAGUUGUUCAAGCAGUGCGAGAUGGAUACUUUCAAGUCGUCUGGUCCCGGCGGUCAGCACCGCAACAAACGAGAGUCUGCCGUCCGUCUCAAGCACCUCCCAACUGGCAUUGUUGCACAAGCUGUAGAGGAUAGAUCGCAGCACAAGAAUCGUGCAUCUGCACUAGCCCGGUUGCGAACCCUAUUAGCUCUUAAAGUCAGGAAUACAGUAGAUCUUGAUGCAUAUUCACCUCCUCAAGUGCUUCUUCAGAUUCUUCCGGCGAAGUCAACCAUCCGAGGUUCAGAUCGUGGUCCACAGAUUGGGCCCAAUAAUCCAAAAUUUGCUUUGGGAAUGCAAGCUCUGCUAGAUCUAAUUUUUGCAGUUGAGGGUUCUGUAUCUGAUGCAGCAAAAAAACUGGGUCUAAGCACAGGGGCAAUGUCACGACUAAUACUGUCGGAUGAUUCUCUUCGAAUGGCUGUCAACCAGCUCAGGAUAUCUAAGGGUAUGAAGCCUCUCAAGUAGAAAAGUAUGCCUUCACAAGAGACAUGGAUCAGCUCAAGUGCCCCAGAGAAGAAAAGUGCUGGAUGCUUUGACUAAUGAACAUUUCUUCUUUGCCUAGAAAAAAGUUCCAAGUAUAGCAUUGUUACAUACCAUUGUUCUAGAAAUGCAUUUACCAUAUUCAAUGUUUCAACAGUAUUUUGUCUGGCUAGAUGACAGUGAUUCCAGAAAAGUUACUAUCUCUAAUGCAUAUGCUUUACAUUGUGCUUGGUAUGGGAUGAAGUUAAUUUAAGUGAAAGACACCUUUGUUGAUGAUUAUUCAAGAUGGAUGACUUGGAUGUUUUUAAUGAAAUAUUGUUCUGAACUUUUUUUUCUA